AUGACAAUGAGUGCGUCUUCACUAUAUAAACGAACAGAAGUCAUUGGUCGAGGAAAGUUCGGGAUUGUGUACAAGGGCUAUAACAAGCAGACCAAGCAAGUAGUUGCAAUCAAGGUGCUUAACUUGGAUACUGAAGAGGACGAAGUUAUUGACGUUCAGCAAGAAAUUCAGUUUUUGACCGAAUUGAAAAAUGUCCCUAACGUUACCCAUUACUAUGGCUCAAUACUUAACGACACCAAACUUUGGAUCAUCAUGGACUAUUGUGCUGGUGGAUCGUUGCGUACUUUGCUCAAGGCUGGUGUUUUGGAAGAACGAUACAUUGGGGUGAUCGUUCGAGAAUUGUUGAUUGCAUUGAGCGGUGUUCAUAAAAUGUCAGUUAUUCAUCGAGAUCUUAAAGCAGCAAAUGUCUUGAUCACUAAGGAAGGGAAUGUCCAGUUGUGUGAUUUCGGGGUGGCCGCGAAAAUGACAUCUAAUGCAUUGAAGAGAACAACCAUGGCCGGAACCCCAUACUGGAUGGCUCCUGAAGUUAUAAGAACUGGCGAAACAUACAAUAGCAAAGCUGAUAUUUGGUCAUUGGGGAUCACAAUUUACGAAAUUGCUACUGGGAAUCCCCCCUAUUGUGACAAGGAUGCCCUGUGGGCAAUGCAAUUGAUCUCCAAGCUGAAACCACCAAGGUUGGAAGGUAGAGAAUUCUCGCCCGCUUUGAAAGAGUGCAUCGCGCUAUGUUUGGAUGAGAAUCCAGAGGAAAGACCCUCGGCUGAUGAUUUAUUCAAAUGUAAAUUGGUCAAAAUAUACAAGAAUCACCCCAAGCUGAUACUACGAGAGGUUAUUUCAAGAUAUUUAUUAUGGAGAGAUCGGAAUUCCUCGCGCAAUUCGGUAUUUAUUAAUUUGGAAGAUGAACAAACAACCGAAGCGCCGGCUACCGACGAUGCUCAAUCUGAGGUGGAUGUAGGAAAUGGCCAUAAUCAUCAAAUUCAAGUCAAGUGGGAUUUUGAUUCAUUGAGUAGCCGAGAAUACAUCAUUGAAAACGAUAUAGACAUCGACCAUGUGCAAGACAACUAUAUGAACUAUGAUACUCAAGGUGAUUAUCAAACUUUACCAACAUUAAAGGCUGGUACUACUGUUGGUAGAAACCAAAGCAUAAUUGGAUUAAGUAAUAUGCAAAAUUCUUCAGCAACAUUGAACACCAAUGGUAAAACUAUAACAACUUCAGAUAUUCCCAAAUCGUUACAAAUGUUAUUUGAAGAUCUACCCGAUCAAUCUGAAAACUCGCCAGUUUUGCCUGCUCCUUCUAUGCCAUCUACGGAAAGAAUGGAAUCGCCUACUAUUGAAAUCCCCGAUAUGGAAAACUUGGUCAAAUUCCCUCCUUCUUCAGCAUCCACGGUAUCCAGUGCUACUUCGUCUCAUCCUCCAUUAAAUAAACCACCAUCAUUAUACCAUUCACAAUCUGCUUCUUCCGGGUUGGAAUCGAGAUUCACAAAUCCAAACACAUCGCCAAUAGAAACCAGACCAAGAAAGAAAACCAUUUCCAAUACUAUGGUCAGUACUGCCGGUGUUCAACAACUAAAUCAAGCUGCUCCACAUACACCACCAUAUACUGCACCAAACAAUUUACGUACGCCAUCGCCUAAACCACCAUCCGCUGCAGGACUUGUCAGUUCAACCUCAAUAUCUUCCAAAUCCAAUUCUCCAUCCAAGAUGAAGGCAUUGCAAGCCCCAUCCAAUCCACUUUUACAGCCAAUAAAUUUCAAACUUUCUAGCGAAAGUGCUGCCAAGCUUGAAAGUAUAAAUCCCCAACUGCAUCCACCAACACAGCAACCACCUCAAUUGGUCAACCAACAUUCUAUGCCGGCACUCCCAGUUUCUGCAACUGCUGCGUCUCAAACCAAGCCUAAGCGAAACAGACCUGGAUUCCACAUUCAAAUGCCAACUCCUUCCAACACCAUCCAAAGCUUGGCUGCGUUAACUAACGAACCAGAUAAUGAAAAUGUCAACCAGUUUGGAAUAAACCCUGCCCAGGCUGCAACUAUGCCUGUUUCCAUGACACCAGUCACCGAAAAGGAAAUUCCUAACUUAACGCCACUUAGUUCCGAUGAUGGUGAAGACGGCAACAAGUCGCAACAACAGCAACAGCAACAGCAGCAGCAACAACAACAACAACAACAACAACAACAACAACAAUCUACUCAGAGAACUGCUGAAGCGGCCACCAUUCAAAGGCAUAGUCUGGUUCAUGAAAAGACUGGACAUCCAACUACGACAACUCCAGUAGCAGUUCCUGUAGCUUCAUCUGCAAGUGUGGUCGCCAACCCAUCAGGACCAAACGUGUUCCUUCCUCGAGGAAACUCGUUUAGUGGAACUAUCCCUACUCCAACAACGACGACUGCUGCUGCAUCAACAAAUUCAGCAAGUGUUAGUACCCCAUCUGCUACUGCUGCUGCUACCACCACUACUGUCACUACUACCGCUACUACUACUACACCCAAAUUCCCAGUUAUUCCUUCAAUUAAUGGAGACUUUUUCAUAGAUUCCACCAGUAAACAGCGUUUGGUUAGCGAAUUAGAGUCGAUGAUUAAACUCUUUAAUCAAGGUUUAGAAGCACUUGAAGAGAAUCUUUAA